AUGAUCAUAACUAUAUCUUUGAUUUGGGCGGUAGUUAUUGGCUUUUGCUGCUGUCUAUGGCUUGCUCUGGGAAUACGCAAGAGACAACCAGGUGAGCCUCCGGUGGAAAAUGGUUUAAUUCCAUAUCUUGGCUGUGCCCUCCAGUUUGGAGCCAACCCCCUUGAGUUUCUCAGAAGCCGACAGAAGAAACAUGGACACAUCUUCACUUGCAAGAUCGCUGGCAAGUACUUUCACUUCCUGUGUGACCCUUUCUCCUACCACGCAGUCAUCCGCCAGGGGAGGCAUCUGGAUUGGAAGAAGUUUCAUUUCUCUACCUCAGUCAAGGCAUUCGGCCAUGACAGCAUGGACCCAAGACAUGGCUAUACCACAGAGAACCUUCAUCAGACCUUCUUAAAGACACUGCAGGGUGAAGCUCUUCCCUCACUCAUUGAAACCAUGAUGGAAAACCUGCAGUCAGUCAUGUUACAGUCCGACACCCUCAGCCCAACAAAGGACCGCUGGGAUGUGGAUGGCAUCUUUGCGUUCUGCUACAAGGUCAUGUUCGAGUCGGGCUACUUGACACUCUUUGGCAAGGAUCUGGGCAACGACAAGAAUGCUGUGCGCCAGGAAGCACAGAAGGCUUUGGUGCUCAGUGCUCUGGAGAACUUCAAGGAGUUCGAUAAGAUCUUCCCAGCAUUGGUGGCUGGGUUGCCAAUCCAUGUGUUUAAGAGUGCUUACUCAGCGAGGGAGAAUCUGGCUAAAACCAUGCUGGCUGAGAAAUUGAGCAAACGCGAGAACGUUUCAGACCUGAUCUCGCUGCGCAUGCUGCUAAAUGACACCUUGUCAACCUUCAAUGACCUGAGCAAGGCCCGCACCCACGUAGCUCUGCUUUGGGCCUCGCAGGCCAACACACUACCUGCUACUUUCUGGAGCCUGCUCUACAUGAUCAGGAGUCCAGAGGCCAUGAAGGCAGCCAAUGAGGAGGUGAAGCAGAUUCUGGAGAGUUCAGGUCAGCGUGCCGAUCCCAGCAAACCACAACUCAUCCUUUCUCGGGAGGACUUGGACAACAUGCACGUAAUAGACAGUAUCAUUAAGGAGGCCAUGCGUUUGUCGAGUGCGUCAAUGAAUGUCAGAGUGGCCAAAGAGGACUUUCUCCUUCACCUUGACAACCAGGAGUCAUACCGCAUACGCAAAGAUGAUGUCAUUGCGCUCUAUCCCCAGAUGCUGCACUUUGACCCUGAAAUUUAUGAGGAUCCCUUGACCUAUAAAUACGACCGAUAUCUGGAUGAAAACAGAGAAGAAAAGACAACCUUCUACAGGGAGGGCCGCAAACUACGGUAUUACUACAUGCCUUUCGGGUCAGGCGUGACUAAGUGCCCUGGGCGCUUCUUCGCAGUGCAUGAGAUCAAGCAGUUCCUGGCGCUGGUGCUCUCCUACUUUGACAUGGAGCUCCUAGAUUCAGCUGUAAAAGUGCCUCCUCUUGACCAAUCACGUGCAGGCCUGGGGAUCCUCCAGCCCACUUAUGAUGUUGACUUCAGAUACAAACUGAAAGAUCAGUAAGAUGGACUACACUGAGCUAUGUCUAUAACGUCAUUUUCUAUUUUCUAUAUUUAUAAAUUGAA